AUGGGGCUGUUGGCAGCAGGCUCUCAGUACCCAACUGUUGAUCUGGGUCCUCGCCAGAGGGCUGCUGAGCGGUAUAGAGUGGCGCCACUCCUCCUCCAGACCUGCACAGUGUCCAAGGUGCAUCAGGACCCCAGGGGGUUGGGCACGCAGGCCGAGACCUGGAACGGCGUUCGGGUGACCCUGGAGGACCAGGCGCUGUGGCAGAAGUUUCACCAGAUCGGCACUGAGAUGAUCAUCACCAAAGCGGGCAGGAGAAUGUUCCCUCAGUGCAAGAUCAGUGUGGCAGGCCUGCUGCCCUUCUCCAGGUACAUGAUCAUGGUGGACCUCGUGCCUGCUGAUGGGAUGCGCUACAAGUGGUACAAGGAUCAGUGGGGUGUAGCUGGCAAGUCGGAACCGCAGCCUCCCUGCGUCACCUACAUCCACCCCGAUUCUCCGGCCCUGGGUAGCCACUGGAUGAAACAGCCCGUUCACUUCCGCAAGCUGAAGCUCACUAACAACACGCUCGAUCAGUCUGGACAUAUUAUGUUGCACUCUAUGCAUCGUUACCAGCCCCGCUUCCACAUUGUACAGGAGGAGAAUCCAUCCGGGGUUCGAUGGAGCAUCUCCCAAACCUUCACCUUCCCGGAGACGGUCUUCAUGGCAGUGACCGCAUACCAGAACGAGAAGAUUACCAAAUUGAAGAUUGACCACAAUCCAUUUGCCAAAGGAUUCAGAGAGGCUGGAUUUAACAACAAAAGGCAGCGGGCAGCCAGAAGCCAGUCCAGCGAGAGCUCCAGCAGCAAGCGGACGAGGACGGAGGCAGGCAGCCCCGAGCCCGGGCUGGGAGAGCUCAAGCAGGGCAGUGCUGGUGAGACGUGUGGGGACUCACGGGGAGUGUGGGAUGACAGGCACACAAAGAAUUGA